AUGGAAACGUUCGCUUUCGCAUCAGCUGUGCGUGGAUAUCAUGUUUAUAAAGACGUAUGGAAACCAUCGAUCGGGGAAAAGCUUGUUGCUAAACGAGAGUUUAACAACCCAAUGGACAAACACGCCAUGAAAGUAGUGAAUGACGACGAAACGCUCGGCCAUUUGCCUCGCGAAUUCUCUCAAAUAGCAUGGUAUUUUCUUGCACGUUGUGGGGAAAUCGGCAUUGAAGUGAUCGGUUGCAGAUGACACUGUAA